AUGACCCCGGUUCGCCGAAUCCUUCUCGUCGACGCCUACGACUCGUUCUCGAAUAAUCUCGCUGCUCUUAUUCGCCUCGUUACCCAUGCCGAGGUCCACACUAUCAAAAUCGAUGCUUAUAGCAACCGAGAUUUUCGAGGGUUUUUGAAAUCUUUUGAUGCCAUCGUUAUCGGCCCCGGGCCCGGAACCCCGACGAACGAUGAGGACGUCGGUAUCAUUCCUGAGAUUUAUAAUUUGCCCGAGGAUGAAAUCAUACCCGUCUUUGGGGUUUGCCUUGGCUUCCAGAGUCUGUGUCUCGGGUUCGGGGCUACUAUAUCCCGGUUGAAGGUUGUGAAGCAUGGUCAGAGCUCUAUCAUUCGGCACAAUGGGAAUGAUUUGUUUCAAAACUGUGGAGAAGUAGAUGCUAUUCGGUAUCACUCACUACGGGCCGAGAUGACCGAAGAGGCGUUGAAAAAUCUGGAGGUGCUUGCUGUCACAGACGAUGGACCCGAGGAGAACGGAGAGGUUAUUAUGGCUGUCAAACAUAAACAGCUACCUUUCUGGGGAGUACAAUACCACCCAGAGAGCUGUUGUACAAAUCUAGAUGGCGCUAAAGUUGUGGCGAACUGGUGGAAGAUGGCAACUCGCUGGUUGAAUCGGAAAGAGCGUAUCAGCCAGCCACUGCCUGAGGGAUGGGUGGUGCCAUUGGACAAACAGACCCUGCUAGGGAUGCCACCAGUACCAUCUGAUCGCCAACUUUGUUACCAGUCUUUCCACGCCCCAUGUUUGGAUAUCGUGGAACUCUGUGAGCUAUUGGAGGUGCGAACGCAACAACAGUUCGUAAUGCUGGAUUCCUCGGCGAAGCAUACAGGACGAUAUACAAUUCUUGGAGUGUUUAUCCCGGGAAUAACGGAUACAUACACCUGGAGGGUGGGUGAUGAAAGUAUAUAUACUGAGACCUUUGGGGAAUCCGGUAGGAAGGAGGGGAAUUUCAAUCUUGAUCCCUCGCCAUCCGGAAUCUGGGGCGACCUCGCCGGCCGUAUGAGUUCAUAUACUACCACGGGAGGAGAUGAGGAGUGUCCAUUCUGGGGUGGGUUUAUCGGUUAUUUCAACUAUGAGGCCGGAGUAUCUACAUUGGACGUCGAACUUGCUUCCCCGAGAGGGGACGAGAAGGAUAGAAGGGAACGGGUACCGGAUGUGAACCUUACGUUCUUCCAUAGAAGUAUCGUGGUGGAUAAUAUUAGCGGGAAGGUCUGGGUACAAUCUUUUCAGUUCCAGGAUGAGGAUUGGGUGGUAGGGAUAGCUGAGAAAAUUAAGCUACUGGCUGCUAUGAGCAUUACGCCUACGACGACACCACCUAAUGAUAUUGUGGGAAAUAGCGUGGUGACGCUGCCUAGGUCCACUACCUCCUCUGGUGCAAGGGUCAGUACCGCGACUGCUAUUAACGAGCCACUCUUUGCGGGUUCAGAUGUAAGGAUUACACAGCCAGAAAAGGAGAAGUAUAUGGAGAAUGUGAGGAUUUGCCAGAGAGAACUGGCAAAGGGAGAAUCAUACGAACUCUGUUUAACGGCGCAAACAACAGUCAGCAUUGAGGUACCCUUUGAAGGUGGUGAAGACUCUUCUUGGAAGAUCUAUAAACAUCUCCGAAAGAGGAAUCCCGCCCCCUUUGCAGGGUAUUACAGAGCUGCCGGUACUACGUUGGUAUCCAGCAGCCCUGAAAGGUUCCUAAGCUGGGAUAGACAUGGGAAUUUCCAACUACGACCUAUCAAGGGUACUGUCCGAAAGGCGAAGGUAGAUGGAACAACAGUUACGAGAAAGGAGGCUGAAGAUAUUUUGAAUACGCCUAAGGAACGAGCCGAGAAUCUCAUGAUCGUAGAUUUGAUCCGACAUGAUCUUCAUGGUGUUCUGGAUGGGCAAGAAGACGAGGAUGGAGGGGUCAAAGUCUCCAAGUUGAUGGGGAUUGAAGAGUAUGAAACAGUGUUUCAACUUGUUAGUGUGAUCGAAGGACGGAUGGGGGAUCAUCUUAGAGAAGAAGGGUUUACGGGGAUGGAUGUCCUUCACAGGAGUUUGCCACCUGGGAGUAUGACGGGUGCGCCCAAGAAGAGGAGUGUGGAGAUCCUACAGGAUAUUGAGGGAGACGCUGAUGAAGGGGAUAAUUGUGGUGAAAGAGGGGUUUAUAGUGGUGUAUUUGGGUACUGGAGUGUCUGUGGAGGAGGCGAUUUCAGUGUGGUUAUUCGGAGUAUGUAUAGAUUCGAUCGGGAGUUUAAGGCUGAGAAUGAUUACAGGAGAGAAGAAGGGAUGGAUAAGAGGGAAAGAUGGAGGAUUGGAGCUGGAGGGGCUGUUACGGCGUUAAGUGACCCUGAGGGGGAGUGGGAGGAGAUGUUGACGAAGUUGAAUAGUACGCUGGCGGUGUUUCAGUAA